AUAAACUCUAUUACAUUGCAUUUCAUCUAUUUUGAGUGUUCAACUUGUAGGUAAACCAUGGACAUGAUCACAAGCAUGGUAGCUCAAAAGCCUGUGGUGAUAUUCAGCAAGAACACAUGUUGCUUGAGCCACUCCAUAACAUCACUGAUACGUAACUUUGGGGCAAACCCCACAGUGUAUGAGCUUGAUGAAAUAACAAAUGGGGGACAGAUUGAAAGUGCAUUGAUUCAAAUGGGGUGCCAACCAAGUGUACCAGCUGUGUUUAUAGGGCAAAAUCUCAUAGGGGGUUCUAAAAGAAUCAUGAGCCUGCAUGUCCGGAAUGAAUUAGUACCACUGCUAAUGAAUGCUGGGGCAAUAUGGGUUUGAGACAAAAACUAAUUUCUACAUCCAAAAACAUAUAGUUUUAUUUCAUGAGUAAAUUUUCUUUACUCUUAUAGUAACCUCACUAUAAUUAGAAAUAAGUGGACUUAUGUCACAACAAAAAUUUAUCAGUAUUUUCAGAUGGUCUUGUAGUCAUGAUGCUGUCAAGAUAAUAUAAUUUUGUAGUGUUCCCUAUUUCUCUUCUUCUAUUGAAUGCAUAACAUCA